AUGCUUUCCCACGUCUUUGUCACAGGGCUGCUCCAGCUGGCAGCAUUGCCUGCUAUUUCGGCACAAGCAUGGCUAGAUCUGCCCGGCAGUCUCUACGGCCCACCAGAACAACAAUGGGCGUCGUGCGCAGACGCGAGCUGGCCGGUCACGGAUCUCGGCGAGCCACUCGCGCCUCAGAAGCCUGACUCCCAGCUCGUUGAAGCCAUCGCAGCCAUCGACCAGUCCCGCGUCGAGGACAUCGUGACGACGCUGGCCAACUUCGGCACCAGACAUACCCUGUCGAUCCAGAAUUCGUCGACGCGCGGGAUCGGAGCCGCGCGCGACUGGAUCUUCAACCAGCUGCAGGAUGUUGCCGCGGAGUCUGAUGGCAACAUGGACGUCUUCUUCAACAGCUACAUCCAGCCCGUCGCAAACAGGGUCCCCUUCCCCGUCAAUAUCACCAACGUCGUGGCGCGCAUCAACGGCACUGUCGACCCCAACCGCGUAUACGUGGUGACUGGCCAUUACGACAGCCGUCGGCUCGACGUGUCAGACUACACGAACGACGCGCCCGGUGCAGACGACAAUGCCAGCGGGGUGGCGGUAGUGAUGGAAAUGGCGCGUGUACUAGCCAAGCUCAAGCCCGCGGCAACCCUGCUCUUCGCCGCCGUGGCGGGAGAGGAGCAGUCCCUCUUCGGGAGCGCCCACCUUGCCCAGACGCUCAAGGCGCAGGGCUACAACGUCGAGGCCAACUUCAACAACGACAUCGUCGGCACGGGACAUUUCUCGCCCUUCUCGCCCAUCAACAACUACACGGUCCGGCUGUUCGGCGCGAGCAUCCUGUACCCCAACGCGAGCACCGCGGCAUACACGCAGCGCAUCGGUCAAAUCGGAUAUGAAAAUGACAGUCCUGCGCGCAACCUAGGCCGUUUCAUCGCCGAGGUCGCAGCGGGUGCUGCCGAGCAGGUCGACAUGCAAGUCGCCCUCAUCUACCGCCCGGAUCGCUUCCUCCGAGGCGGCGACCACCAGUCCUUCCUGGCCCAGGGGUUCCCUGCCAUCCGCUUCACCGAGGCAGUGGAGGACUUCACUCACCAGCACCAGAAUGUGCGAGUCCAGGACGGGGUCCAGUACGGUGACCUGGUCGAGUAUGUAGAUUUCGACUACACGGCUCGUGUCGCUCGGGUCAACCUGGCAAGUAUGUGGAGUGCCGCGAAUGCGCCGGCGUUUCCCAAGAACGUGACCGUCUCGCAGGUUGUUGGCUUCCCGGCGUCCAGCGAACAGACGCCGCUGGAUGUAGUAGGCAAUGAUAGCCAGUUCAACUGGGCGACGGGCAACGACCCGUUGGUGGCGAGUUAUGAGCUUGUAUGGAGGCCCAGCGGUGCAUUGCAGUGGUCGCGGAGCCUUGAUGUCGGCAAUGUGGGAACUGUGACGGUGAACUUGCCGAAGGAUGCUGUCCAAUUUGGCAUUCGGGCAGUGGGGGCAGAUGGGAAGAAGAGCCCUGCUGUUUUGCCAUUCCCGGGGUAG